GAUUUAAGACGCUUUUUAAGACCUCUGACCCCUGAGAGACUCAGUGAGGGAUGAAGAGAGCAUGACACACACACACUAAUAAAGCCUGCAGUGUGUGUUCACAGACUUCCAAAUGAAAGCUUAGUUUGGGAUCUUGUUAAUGAGAUGACAGUGACCUCUUAACAGAUUUGUCUCCUGUGGAUCUGUAGAGCAGCCUCAGAAGAAGAAAACCCCGCCCCUUUCCAGGCCAUGCCCCGCCCAGCACACACAGAGGCCACGCCCCACUCCCUCAGCCACACCCAAGACGCCCAGAGCACAGAAACCCCACGUGCCCCCUAAGCCUGUGCACCUGCUGCCGCGGGGUCCCGUCCCGAGAGCCAGAGUCCCGUCUGCAGGGCUUCCACAGCUCCAGGUUUCAGAUUCUGGGUCUUCGGUGGAGGAAGCGCCUCCAUUGGGGAGCCGGCAUGGAUUCUCCAGCCACUCGAGAGCCGGACGCCAGCGGUCAGCCUCAGCUCAUGCAGUCCCCAGCGGCGGCUGAGGACGGACUUACAUUUAAAGCAUGUGAAAUCUCAGAGCUUUUGAGACUGUCCAGCUUAGACUCCUUCCAGACGGACUCUGCCAAUCACGUGGAGAUUACAGAUGAACUUCACAAAGAGCAUCAAAGACAUUCCAGUAGCGGUGUGGAGAAUGACCACAGUGAAGGGAGCGGCAAACAUGGAGACGGUGAGCAGGAGCGGCCGCAGGGUCCCGAGGGGACGGAGGCAAACGGAAAGAUCCCCAAUCGGGACAGCGGCAUUGACAGUCCCUCCUGCGGGGCAGAGGGCGAGGGCUUCCCGAACGAGGACCCCAUCGAGGAGGAGGACAGGAACGACAGCAUCGCCACAGAGACGGAGUCAUGUGUCACUGCCGGCAACAAACGGGACUCGACGCAGGACGAAGACAGCGACCUGGACGAGGGGAGCUGUGAAGAUCCUGAGGGUCUGCCGUCUGAGUCGCAGAAGCUGUUGAACAUUGCGAAAGAGUUGCUUCAGACAGAAGAAGCGUAUGUCAAAAGGCUCAACCUGCUGGACCAGGUGUUCUGUGCCCGUCUGACGGAGGCCAGCAUCCCUGCUGAGGUCAUCACAGGAAUCUUCUCCAACAUCUCCAGCAUCUAUCUCUUCCACCAACAGUUCCUGCUGCCUGAACUACAGACACGCAUCACACAGGAGUGGAGCUGUAAUCCACGCAUAGGGGACAUCCUGCAGAAGCUGGCCCCGUUCCUGAAGAUGUACGGCGAGUAUGUGAAGAACUUCGACCGAGCCAUGGAGCUGGUGAGCACCUGGACGCAGCGCUCCGCUCAGUUCAAGAGCGUGGUCCAGAGCAUCCAGAAGCAGGAGGUGUGUGGGAACCUGACGCUGCAGCAUCACAUGCUGGAGCCGGUGCAGCGGAUCCCGCGCUAUGAGCUCUUACUGAAGGACUAUCUGAAGAAGCUGCCGGCCGGAGCCGCGGACCACAGAGACGCACAGAAUGCUCUGGAGCUGAUCUCCACCGCAGCGAACCACUCCAACGCUGCCAUCAGGAAAAUGGAGAAGAUGCACAAGCUGUUGGAGGUGUAUGAGAAGUUGGGUGGAGAGGAGGACAUCGUUAAUCCAGCUAAUGAGUUCAUUAAAGAAGGCCACAUUAAGAAGAUGUCGGCUAAGAACGGCACGGCGCAGGACCGAUACCUCUAUCUGUUCAAUAACAUGGUGCUGUAUUGUGUGCCCAAGCUGAGGCUGAUGGGACAGAAGUUCAGCGUCCGCGAGCGAAUCGACAUCGCAGGGAUGGAGGUUCAGGAAAACGUCAAGCAGAACGUCCCUCACACUUUCACCAUCAUCGGCAAACAGCGCUCGCUCGAGCUGCAGGCCAGGACGGCUGAGGAGAAGGACGACUGGAUAAAAGUGAUCCUGGCCACGAUUGAGAAGCACAAGCAGAACAGCGAGACGUUCAAAGCUUUCAACAUCUCCUUCAGCCGUGAAGAUGAGCACACGCCUGACACGCCGGGCCCGUGGAUCAGCACGAGCACAUGUGAGGCAGACGGAGCUCAGCAUGAGAGGAAGAGCUCAAAGAAACGAGAGAAGGAGAAAGAAACAUGCAGAGGCUGCAGCGAGGCCUUCCACUUCACCAAACGCAAGCACCACUGCAAGAUCUGCGGCGCGGCCGUCUGUGGGAAGUGUUCGAAGGUGUCGGAGAGCAGGAACAGCCGCAUGUGUAAACCGUGUUUUGAAGUCCUGCAGGGAGCUGAAGGGACAGCAGGGGGCGGCAUUGAGCCCAAGAGAAAACUCGAGAAGCAGCUGUCAGUUGCUCAGUCUUCUCAGCGAACAGGAAAAGUUGAGGAGUUGGACCAAGAGCUGGGCGGCCAUCACUGAAGCACAGCCUCUGCUGCUUUACCAGCAAACCAGCACACAGGUCUCUCUGGCUGACAUUAGUGACAUGAGAAGAAGAAAGAGUCAGACGUGUUCAGACUGAUUCAAGAAUCUGAAUGGAGCUCCUGUCACAUGCUGUAAAGGGAGGAGCUAACAAGAUGUCAGUCACAGCAAGAGCCAAUAGGAUGCUCUCCCUCUCCCCCUUUAUAAAGAACUCCUGUUACUUGAAAUCACUUUAUCCUCAGCACUUUUUUAUUCUUUCUUUUGAAGAUCUUUUUUUUUGCAUUCCUUCACACGAUCAUUGCUCUUUCAGCAGCACUCACACACUCGCACCGUCACGCCUUCAUUUGAGUGUGAGAGUGACUGUUUGUCAAUGCACUGUUCACGUCUGCUGGUGUUGCACUGGAUCUAUAUAAUGUCACGAUGAAUGUUUUUUUUUUCCUUUCAGAUGUGUUAAUAGUUAAAGCAUUAAGUGGCUGUUCUUGUGAUGCACUGUCAGUUCACACUUUCAUGCUCCCCUUUGUUUUUUCAUUCUGAUUUUAAAAGAUGAAGUGAAAUGAAGCAGAGGACAAAGCACGUAAAGCACAUGUCAUAUUUCACUCAAAAUCAAAAGAAAGAAAUUAAAUUUUGCAUAAAAGAAGCUUAUUUUAUUUUCCGUAUCUCUUCCAUUAUUUUCAUGGUAAUUAAGCACAUUUCGUAUCAAAUUCUCAUAAAUUCCCAUUACCGUCAUGCAUAAGAAAAAUAAUAAUAUAUUUCAGUUUUCUAGUUUUCAUACACCAUGGUUGAAUUAGUUGUAUUGCCUUUAUGGUGUUGAUUUAAAAAAAAGUAAAUUUUUACAGUUUAAUUUUUUCAAUACAGUAAUGAAAAUGUAGUAAAAAUCAGCACUGAGAAUGAGGAAAACUUGAGCGUCAGCACACAUUACAGGAAUGACAAUGAGACGUUUUUAACAUCACAGUGAAUAUGCAUGUCAGAAUGUCAAAAAAAUCGUAAUGGUCCUAAAAUGGAUUUAUUUUUCACAAUGCUAUUUUUUUCUUUGGUUUUUUGGAGUAAACCUGGUGGCGUUUUCAUAACAUUCACCCACAAUUUCACCAGACUGGUCUCACGGUGCAUUCAUAAACUCUUCUGAAGUCUUUGCCAAGCAUCAACAUCCAUGGUCUGCUGUUUCUCAAACUGUGUUGUACCAAUGAGAGAUCAUUUUCACCUUCUUCAAGAGGAUACUCAGCUUUAUUGUUUUAGGGCAGAUUCCUGUGGCAGGCCACUAAAUAUUAUACCCUCCUAUAGAACAUUUUCAGACUUUUCAGGUAAAGGUUUGGAUGAGAAAAGCAGGUUCAGGAACAGAAGGAAACUCAGUCCUCUAUCUCUCUUUUGUAUGAAGCAGUAUUGUGACUGCAGCAGAAGUACUGUACGCCUGCACACUCAGAGUCCAGUCUGUGUGCCUGGAGGUCGAUCAUGGUCAGUAUGUAAUGAAUGAUGUGUAAACAUUGCAUUUGCUUCACUUUUAAUAUUGUUUGAACCCUUGUAACAGAACCAGUAUUAUUAAAAGCAUUUUAUGUGUACAAAAGCUGUCUUAUAGCAUAUCAAUGAAUAAAAGAGUAUCUGGUCA